UUUAUUACUAAUGAUUAGUAAGUGUUGAUCAAACGGCUGCACCUUUCUUAACCAAUUUUUGUAAAUUUGUAUUUUUUUUAAAUGCUUACUGCAAGUAUGGUUCAAACUACAGUACAAUACAAUACAAUCUGGGUCAGUAACAUUUAGAAAUAUACUUUAUAUCUGUCACGGUCUGCUGUGUUGCACAUUUCAAGCAGACCGGAACAGAUAUAAAGUAUAUUUCUAUAUUGUUAAUGACCCAAAUACCUGUGUAGUAUAAAUUUUGUAGUUUGAACUAUUUGCCAACUAACAACCGCCUAAUAUGACGAAAUAUUGAUCAGCAGACUUUUAUUGUAUUAUGGUUUUGUGAAAGAAUAUAUUUACGUGGUAAAUGUUUAAGUUCAGAAAUAAAGACGGAAUGUUUAAUCGAUUGCAUUGUUUUUCUUCUGUAUCCAAAGUCAUUUGGAUUUAAAGUAGAUAUGUAACUGAAAAGCCAUGUUUUCUCCUGAAAAGUCAAAGCGGAAGGGUGGUAUAGAAAGACUGAAGUACAGUUCAGGAGCUCAACUGUUUUUUGGGGUAGGACUGGUAGUGUGUGCCAUUGUUGCCACUUCAAAACAUGCAGAAAUAAAAGAUAUUUUUACAGCAUACUUUGUUGGGGGAUAUACAUGUGGUAUUGUGGGUGCAGUAGCAGGUGCUUUUGGCAUUUACACCACGUAUAAAGCUUUGUUGUACGACGGCGAAGAUGUUAUCGUUCUUCAAAAAGAAGUACGUUGUCAAGUGACUACAAACAUGAUUUUGGGAUACAUUGUAUUCCUCCCUGCAGUAUCUGGAAUCAUGAUGGAUGUAGUAUAUCUUGUAAAUAUUGAGGGGGAGAAAAAGAUCCAUUUUAUUCUAGCUGUGUGUAUUUUGACGGGGAUCUGUUUACUUUUAGUUGCAACAAUUAUAUCCCUCACAUCAUCGGGGAUAUGUUGCCAGUGCGAGGAAUAUAACCAAAGAAUGAUGCAAACUUACCCGUCAACGGUCGAUGGAAACCAUUUUUUUCAAGGCCAAACAGCUUUUGGUCAACUGAAUGGCGGACAGCCACCUUUCAAUACUGGAGGACUCGCAACGUCAAACCCGUCUUCUAAUCCGGUAUCACAAGGCAAUUUCGGAAUGAGCCAGCAGCAGCCUACAUCUUUUGGAAUACAGCAGAACAAUUUUACAGCUCCGUCUUAUUCCCACUGAAAAUAGUCGUAAUAAUACUCAAGGUUUUUAUUCUGCCGAAAAACAAAACAAAAAAAAAACGACCAAUCCCUUCUUUUACUACAAAUGGCCAUCGCCUUAUCUUAAAUGUCAAUCGCUUCACCGCUGUCUUAUUUAUCUUUGAUCUUUACUGACAAUAAUUACACCAAUGUAUCAUACAGUAAUAGCAAUAGUUUCACAUGACACUAGCUCCACUUAUGAUAUAUAAGUCUAGUUUCACCUAUGUUUUGCAGCAUUUAUUGCUUAUAAUCGAUCUUUUAGAUGCUGUACAUGUAUUUGUAAGAUUAUUUCGAAAGGAAAGAAACACUGCGGUACUAAAUAUAGGUAAGGAUUGAGCAAACACAAAAAUUGAUCUAGGGUUAUUUUAUCCAGCAGCCAUUUUUAUGACAUUUUGUGAUUUGUAAAACUAUUAAAAUGUAUUUAAUUAACGUUUGAACUUUAUGUAUAAGGAAA